CAUUAUUAUUAUUAUAUUUGUGUGAUAUUAUGUCGGAUGAAGUGGUUAUAAUAUAAAGCCACCGGUAUAUUUGGUUAAGUCACGCGUGAAUAAAUUAUGCAAUGUGAAUAAUAAAGUAAAAGUGUAGUCCGAGACUCGGACAAUUUGCAAACGUGGUUUAGUGACACCUGACCUACAUAUUGUUUAUAAUACGCGUUUACAAACCGCGACGACGACGUAACAUUAAUUACAUUACGUCUACGAAAGUGUAAUUAAAAAAAUUUAAAUAAUAAAUUUAAAUAGUCAUUGAGACUUUUAAAUAACAAUUAAACUCCACCGACGUCUUCCAUCGGCUUCCAUUAUCAUAAAUAAUUAAUAUAUCACCUAGAUUUAAUGUAAUGACAUUAAGUAACAUUACAUAAAGUACAAUAUACUCAUUACAUGACAUACUUUGGUCAUUUUCACUUUCAUUCACUCUCUGACGUCUUAUAAACUUUUGGCGGGAAACUUAAUUCUGAGAUGGAAAUUCAAAUAAUAGAAAUUUAUCGCGCGGUAAAUAAAUAAAUUAAAUAUAAAAAGAAAAUAAUUUAAAUUUUUUAAGAAAAAUAUAAAAAAAAAUUUGUAGAGGGCGAGGCGAGACCGCGGGCUAGAGAGUGAAAUUAAAAAAAGGCGGGUAAAAAAUAAUAAUUUAAAAAAAAAAAAUAAAAAAACGUAACGAUGACACAGUCGAAACUCGCGUCUGCGCCUGAGUUGAACUAUUAGUCCGUUGGUAUCACCCAGCGUGUGUGCACAUCCCUGGGGUCCAUUUGCUGCUGUCAGUGAGUACAAUAGAUCCUCACGAUCCCAGGGAUCAUAAUAAUAAUUAUCGUAACCACGGUCUAUUCACUACCUGGAGCCGGGUCUCCAUCUUCUCCGCGUAAAAAACCCGUAGGUAAAAACUUUAGCCUUGAGCAGUAAAAAAAAAACGUGGAUUUAAAAUAUUAUUACUCGUACUCGUGUGUGCACUCGAUACUACAUAUGAAUAAUAAUGAUAAUAUAUAGUAGUUGUGUGGACAUAUGUGUGUUGUUUGUGUCGAUGUCGGUGUCGGUGUCGGUGUAAAUGUGUAACGUGUGUAUAAGACGAUGAGAGACGAGACACUCGCUUGACUAAGGGAGUGCCGUGGAGUUUUAUGUGAUUCGUUCUCUCUUUAAAUUUCCCUCUCUCUUUAUCGGCACCCGUUUUCUCUGUCCACCUCGUCUGGUAUCGUCUGCUGGUGCUGCUCCUGCUACUGUAUACUAAAGAGUGUAAGUGAAGUGGCCUACAGACCUACAUUUGUCUAACGCACCAUUUUUUUUACUUGCCCAAGACGCGGCCCCACCGGGCAUUAUUUUUUUUAUUAUUAUUUUUUUACAGUGGGUCCAGACAUCCUGGUCCAGUAAAUGUGCGACAAACAGCCAUGAAUUGUUACCUCGACAAUUACAUUAAUUAUUCUCGUUAUAAUUACAAUAAUAACAAUAAUAAUAAUAAUUAUUAUCACUACCAUUAUUAUUAUUUAAAUAAUUGCUGGUGCUCCGAUAAUUCCCAGUAAGGAUAAUAAUAAUAAUAAUAAAGUAAAUGACGUGCCGGCGCGGACUGAGUUGUGAUGGCUGGUUAUUUAUUUUUUAUUUACAAAAAAAAAGCUGGACGUUGAGGCGACACUAGGAUCACGGAGCCGGCAAGUGAGAACCACAAAUAUACAAAAAUAAAUUAAAGGUACUGUUGUUUUUAUCUGGACAUUGGGAAUGGAAAAUCCUGGGAGAUAGAGAGUAAAAAAAAAGCUGGCGAAAAGGAGCACCGACUUUUGAGGUUGAUAAAAUAUUUGGUGAGCAUCAACGACAGCAUUCGAGACAAAGAGGACAAAGAAGAUAAAGAAGAGUGAGAAUAAGAUUGGUGUUUUCCGGAAUGCGUGAAGAACGAAUGGCAUCGACUUCGACGGGUGACAACGUCAUGGCAAACACGCCGACGCCCGAGUCAACUUCUAGCCAAAUAAAUAUUAUUAUUAGCAACACCAGCGAUAAUAAUAUUAUUAUUAAUAAUAGUAGCUGUAGUAAUGAUAGUAACGAAGUAAAUGAAGGUGACGUGGUACUGACGUCCACGAGUAAUCAUCCGAGUAAGAGACUUGCACUUGAUCACGACUCAGGCGGGGGUGGAUGUGCAGGCGGAGGGAAUUCGAGCUCUGCGUCAGCCAGCGGUGGGUUGGACACUGGGCCCAACGGCGGUGCCAGCGGGUACAGCGGUGCCGGAAACACUUCCAGUGGGAAUCCCACCAGUGGGAAUAUUGGCGCCAACUCAUCAUCAAAUUCAAAUGGCACCGGUAAUAAUGGAGCGUCUAGUGUCGGCGCUGGUAAUCAAAAUGUCGGCAGUACCGGGCAAGUAGUCCCACCCGGUGGUAACGUAUGUCAUCCUGGUCUCGGGCAAGUCGGUAUCGUUACCGGGUCGGUACCCGGGCCCUCAGACUAUCCGGACACCAAAGAUGUAAUUGAAGAACUGUGUCCGGUUUGUGGUGAUAAAGUAUCCGGUUAUCAUUAUGGAUUAUUGACGUGCGAGUCAUGCAAAGGUUUUUUCAAACGUACUGUACAAAAUAAAAAGGUCUACACGUGUGUCGCCGAACGCUCCUGUCAUAUUGACAAGACUCAGAGGAAACGAUGUCCGUUCUGCAGGUUCCAGAAGUGCCUUGAAGUCGGCAUGAAACUCGAAGCGGUACGAGCGGACAGAAUGAGAGGCGGUAGGAAUAAAUUUGGGCCAAUGUACAAGAGAGAUAGGGCGCGAAAGCUACAGCUUCUUCGACAACGUCAGCUCGCAUUGCAAACAAUAAGAGGGAGUCUGGGCGACCCGUCAAAUUAUCCGUCAGCAGUGACGCCAUUUCUGCAUAUAAAGCAAGAGAUACAAAUACCUCAGGUGUCUAGUUUGACAUCUUCACCGGACUCGAGUCCGUCACCGGCAGCAGUCGCUGCUGGACUUGUCACCACCCAGCCCACCGGUAACAACAACAAUAACAACAACAACAAUAAUAACAACAACAAUGGCGGUGGUAAUGCAGGUCAGCAUCAAUUGAUAGCACCGUCGACGCAGCCGACGUUGUCGGGCGGGAAUCAUCUGUACAAUCCAAACCCAAGCCUUGACGGUAAACUCUGGGCUGCAAACUCCACUACCUCCAGUCCCAAGGCCUUCAACUUUGGCGAACAAUCGAGUCAAGGCCACGGUCCUAAUUCUGGGACGACCUCAUCAACAGCAACAACACUUAAAACUAGUCCGAUGAUACGCGAAUUCGUACAAUCUGUUGACGAUCGCGAGUGGCAGGCCUCACUCUUCGGGCUACUGCAGAAUCAAACCUAUAAUCAGUGUGAAGUUGAUUUAUUUGAACUUAUGUGCAAAGUGCUCGAUCAGAAUCUCUUUUCACAAGUCGAUUGGGCGAGAAAUUCCGUCUUCUUCAAAGAUCUCAAGGUUGAUGACCAAAUGAAAUUACUGCAACAUUCAUGGUCGGAUAUGCUGGUACUUGAUCAUCUUCACCAGAGGUUACACAAUAAUUUACCAGAUGAAACAACUCUGCACAACGGCCAAAAAUUUGAUCUCCUCUGUCUCGGCCUACUUGGAGUUCCCUCACUAGCUGAUUUAUUUAAUGACUUGUCACAAAAAUUGCAAGAACUUAAAUUUGAUUUAUCGGAUUACAUAUGUGUCAAAUUUUUGAUGCUACUUAAUCACGAGGUACGUGGAUUGGUGAACAAGAAACAUGUCCAAGAGGGUCAUGAACAAGUACAACAAGCGCUUUUGGAUUAUACAUUAACGUGUUAUCCAUCCCUACCGGAUAAAUUCAACAAACUACUGGCAGUAUUACCAGAAAUCCACGUGGUAGCAAGCCGAGGUGAAGAUCAUCUGUAUCAAAAACACUGCAACGGUGGCGCACCAACGCAGACCUUACUUAUGGAAAUGUUACACGCCAAGAGAAAAUGAAACAAUCCAACAGUAAUAUUAAUAUUAGUAAUAAAAUUAACAAUAUUAAUAUUAAUAAAAUUAAAAAUAAUAAUAAUUAUAAUAUUAAUAUUAAUAUUAAUAUUAAUAAUAACAGUACUAUUAACAAUAACAACAGUCUCGCUGUAUUAUUGUAAAUGUCACUUAAGUCCCGGUAUAGUUAUCGAUUUAAUUACAAUACAAUUACGUACCUCAUACAUCAAAUAAGAGUGACAGUUUAUUUUUUAUUUUAUUAUUAUUAAAUAAUAAUAAUAAUAGACAAAAGUAAUUCAACUUACAAUCACUAUCACUCUAUGCCAUUUCAAAUCUACUGAUUUAUUUUAAAAACGGAUUAAUAAUUAAAAGGGGUCUACGUGGUCGUUUCAUUAUUAUUUUAUUUACAACAACAACAAUAAUAAUUACAACAAUAAUGAGUUAUUUUAAAUUCAUAAAUCACGACAAUUACACGAGGGAAUUGUUAAAUUAUUAUUUUAUGAGAAAAAUGUAUUUUAAAAAAAACUACAUAUAUAUAUGUAUAAAAAAAACAAUACGAUAUAUUUUCUAUAUUUGAUGUUCAAGUUUUAGAGAUGUAUCACGGGUAAAAGAUAAAGAUAAUGAUAAUUAUAAUGACGUUAAUUAAAUUGAUAUAUUUUGUUGUUUAAAUUUUUGUUUAUAAAUUAACCGCCAAUAUUUGAAUGUUUAAUUUAAAAACUGAUUUAAAUAAUAACCCUGGGUUUUAUAUAUAUAAUACUAUUAUUUUAAGUAUUUGUGAUAUUUUAUUUGACACGAAUGAUAAAAUUAAAGUUUCUUUUAAUAUUUAUUUGAUAUGUGAAAAUAAUUCGUACUUGCUGAUGAUUCAG